AAUCGUAGGCUCCAACCCCCCAACAAGUCAUCGGACCUGUCAAUCAUCCGGUCGGCGCCCUUUGAUGUCGGGACUCCUCGCCUUGUCUUGGGCUCAAAUGAGCUGUUUGCUGUUGUAGGGAAACAUUAGUCUCCUCUAAAGCAGCCAGCCGGGGGGACGAGAAAUCUCAACUUUUUUUCCCUUGUAUGUGGUUGGGGUUUCUACACUUUUAGAGGCGCCCCAGACAGAGGAGAGAAACUCCGUACAUUCUCUUUAUUUAUACUUUUUCUUUUUGUUGUUCGUCUUUUUUUAACUUAUUAAACAUCCGCAAAAGGAGGUGGGAGAAGUAGACAUGCCUCAGCUCAGCAGCGGCGGCGGGGACGACCUGGGAGCGAAUGAUGAGAUGAUAGCGUUCAAAGACGAAGGGGAGCAAGAGGAGAAAAUCCAAGAAAACGCGUUUACAGAGAGAGACCUGGCCGACCUCAAGUCCUCUCUGGUGAACGAGUCGGAAAUAAAUCAAAGUCCGAACUCAGCGGCGGUGAGACGGGGACAGCAGGGCGAGCAGAGGGGCUACCAAGAAAAGCACCGGGAGCAUCACGACGGAGUGUCGAAGCACCAAGAUGGAGGCAUGUACAAGACGCAGGCGUAUCCGGGGUAUCCAUUCCUGAUGCUGCCUGACCCCUACCUCCCCAACGGCUCCAUUUCUCCAUCUUCCAACAAAGUGUCGGUGGUGCAGCAGUCUCACGGGAUGCACCCCCUGACGUCACUCCUGCCCUACAGCAACGAGCACUUCAACCCAAGUCCUCCACAUCUGCCCACAGACAUGAGCCAAAAGACAGGCAUUCACAGGCACCAGUCCCAGGACCUCUCGGGCUAUUACUCCCUCCCUCCAGGCGGCGUCGGACAGAUCAGUCCCUCCAUGGGCUGGCAGAGUCAGCCCGUCUAUCCCUCCCUCCCCCCCUGCGGCUUCAGGCAGCCCUACUCCUCCAACCUCUCCAGCGCCUCCUCCUACUCCAGGUAUCGUAGCCUGCUGGGCGGACCAAGCCAGAUGCAGCCAAGAAAGUUCCCUCACUCUCUGAUGCUUGGCCCAUCAGGCAUGCAUCCCACAGGGAUCCCCCACCCAGCCAUAGUGCCCCCUUCAGGCAAACAGGAGCACGAUCAUUAUGACAGGAGCAUGUACAUGAAGCCGCAGGUGGAAGCCAAGCGGGAGAAGGAGCCCAAGAAGCCGGUCAUCAAGAAACCCCUGAACGCCUUCAUGCUGUACAUGAAGGAGAUGAGGGCGAAGGUCAUCGCAGAGUGCACAUUAAAGGAGAGCGCCGCCAUCAAUCAGAUCCUGGGACGAAGGUGGCACGCACUGACCCGGGAGGAACAGGCCAAAUACUACGAGUUGGCCCGGAAAGAGAGACAACUCCACAUGCAGCUCUACCCCACCUGGUCUGCCAGAGACAACUACGAGGCGGGCCUUAGCGGGGUCGCAGGGGAAAAGAGUAAAGCUGAUUGGGGCAAAAAGAAGAGGAGAAAAAGGGAGAAGCUGCAGGACUCCAACACAGACCCGGGCUCUCCUAAGAAAUGCCGGGCUCGCUUCGGCCUGAACCAACAAACGGACUGGUGCGGUCCCUGCAGGAGGAAAAAGAAGUGCAUUCGCUACCUUCAAGGAGGAGGCUGUCCCAGUCCAACUUCUUCAGAUUUAAGUGCCAUAGACUCUCCCCCCUCCCACUCCCCCUCCCCCACCCGCCACCACCUGUACCAGCAGCACCAGCUCCCCCCCUCCCCGGGCUGCUCCCCCCCGCCGCCGCCCCCCGGCUCUCCAUCAACACACCUCCCACUGUCUCCGCCGACACACACACGCUCACAUACGCGCUUACCCCCGCUGCAGACCGCCAGCAAGCGCGGAGACCCCCGUCAGCCCAAACACAGCUACACACACACCUCUACACACACCUACACACACCUGGACCUGAGCGGCAGGGCCUCACACGGAGACACGGCAACGCUGUCCGUCGCCAAGGCAGCAGGACUUUCUCUCAAAGUGCUAACAGAGUCGCAGUGAUUCCUCCAGAGCCACCAAGAGCAUCAUCUCUCCAAUCAUCUCAUUUUUAACUAUAUUAUGUGCUCCUUUUUGUUAAAUAAAACUAAAGAAGAAGACUGAGGGUGGUGCAGCGAAGAAGAGGAAGCCAUGGAGUAAAAUUACUGGCUGUGUCUCAGUUCAGGGGUUUCUCCACACCCGUUUCAAGACAAAAUACAUCAGUAACAGAUCACUGAGGCCUUUUACUAAUCUUCUUUAAAUGAUCAAUUAUACAAUCAAGCAUCCAGGCAAGCUAAAAGUCUGGACAUUUGGGAUAAUAAAAGGUUAUCUGAUCUUAUUAUUGGUCAGAUGUGUGGUAAAUCAUACCAGCCUGCACAUGUUAGUUAGCUUAACUACUAACCUUAUCAUAAUUUACAGUUUGGUCAAAAGUUUGACUUUUCAAUAAUUUCUACAACUCUUAUUUUUCUGUGAUAGUGAUUGGAGCACAUACUACUGUGUCACAAAACAAAAUCAUGAAGUUUGGUUCUUUUAUUUUUGUGAUUUUUAAGUGGUAUGUGCUCCAAUCACUCUAUCACAGAAAAAUAAGAGUUGUAGAAAUGAUUGAAAAGUCAAGACUGUCAUGAAAUACAUGUUCUUUACAAAUGUAUGUAAACUUUUGACCACAACUGUAAAUGCGUGACUUCACGGUCAUUACCUGAGUUGUUUUACACGUGUGUUGAACCCACAAGUGUUACAGAGUCUGAUGCUAAGCUCUGGAAGAAGAGCUCGGCUUUAGAGCCUCGUUGUUGGAGGAUCCCGCCCGAUUGGGCUCUCCGCCACGUACCAAAACAGUUCCCGUUAUAAAGAGGCAGGCCUGCAGUGGAGGCAGUUAUUCUGGAGUUGUUUGGCUCCAUCUGCUGCAGCUAAACUAAAAUACUUCCUUUUAGGAUACCUGUUGAUUUUAGAAAUACAAAUCCUAAGCCCCACUCAGUGCUUUCUUCUUACCCUGUGCUUUGACCUAAAUGACAAUCACAAACUAAAUGUCUUUACAGGACAUUUACACUUUCCUUCAAAUCAGAUCCGUCUCUUGGACACAUCAUCCAUCACCAUGACUCAGACCAGCCGAGGGGAGACAAACACCAGCAGAACCUCGAAAGAGUGUUCAUUUAUUUUUAAUCAACUCGACUUCAUUUUCAUUCAAUUUCCAAACAUUUUAAAGCUACCUUUUAAACAGUUUAAAAAAGGUCUCACAUGACAGCCUCCCCACCUGCAAGUUACAUUUUUAGGCACUUUCAGUCUCUCACUAUAUCAACCGUUACAUUUUUCUCCUGUUUUUGAUAUUUUUGUAUGAGGUUGUGAUCUUUAAAAGGUCAGAAGCUGGUGGGGAAACCCUUUGGUUGUUUUCCUUUGACUCAAUAUUUUUGCAGCUCCAUAAACUAAUCUGAGACCAAAUGGGUACUAUUAUAUUGUGUUGUAAAGUUUUAUAAAUGUUGGAAUUCCCUAUUAUAAUUAAACUUUUAUAUGUUUUUAUGUAAAAAAAAAAAAUACAUAACAAAAAAAAGAAGAUUCUUUUAGUUUCUACCAUUUCUUAAAGCAAUACAUUUUGUCCUCUUGUGCAGCGUUAUGCGUUUUGUUUUGAUCAAGUGUUACUGCAGCAGCGUUCAAAUGAUACCUUCUCAAUCUGUGCAUGUUCCAACUUCAGUGUAACAAUAAUUGAUUUCUGACUGAAAAGGCUUUAAGUUACCGCUCUGCUUGCCGCUUCAACGGACAAACUAAACUUUGUACAGCAAAACUGUUUUCCUCCAGCAGAGAGAGCUCUUGUGCUAGAAAUAGCUUGUUUGAUUUUGAGGAUGUCUACAUCAGUAGUGGGAACACCUCAAAGAUGUCUUCUGUAUUUUUUACACCUCUGAUGUAUUACUUGUUUUCGUUUGAUGUAUUAAAGUGUUUUGAAUAUUUCAAAAA